GCUCCGCAGCCCGCUCCCGGGGACACGCAGCCAGAGCCGCGCUCCCAGCCCCGGAUUUACAGACCCGGCCCCGCGCGCGCAGCCACCGGCCCGGGGCCGCCGGGGCCCCCGCAGCCGGGCCGAGCCGCCGCUUCCUGCCGGGAGAGCGGGGCGGAGAGCCGGGGGGCAGGCGAGGAGCAGCCCCGCCGAGGAGGGAUCCAAGUGGAGGAAGAGGAGGGGCGUGAAGCAGCCUCGCCCUGCCCCCCACCCUGGUGUCACCUACAACUGGUGUCUCCCACUGGGACAGGCGCCCCUCCCCCCUGACCCCUGGGGGAUGGUCUCCGCCAGCGGGCGCUGAGCCAGGCGCCAUGGGGUGCGCGCCAUAGACACCCCCCGGCGCCCCGCGUCUGCCGUGGCGGCCGCGGUGCAGAGCACCUGGGGGCGGAGCCCACCUUGGUCUCUCCUGAGCGCUCCUGGAUGGAAUUGCGGUGAAUGGAACAGAAGCCCAGCACCCUGGACUGCCUGUCGGAGCCAGAGGAAACCCGGUGGCUGGAUGGGAAACGCAAAAGAAAGAGCAGCCAAUGUUCGGUGAAGAGCAGCAUGUCAGGGUACAUCCCUAGUUACCUGGACAAAGAUGAACAAUGUGUCGUGUGCGGUGACAAGGCGACCGGCUACCACUACCGCUGCAUCACCUGCGAGGGCUGCAAGGGCUUUUUCCGACGGACCAUCCAGAAGAACCUGCACCCGACCUACUCCUGCAAGUACGAUGGCAGCUGUGUCAUCGACAAGAUCACCCGCAACCAGUGCCAGCUGUGCCGCUUCAAGAAGUGCAUCGCCGUGGGCAUGGCCAUGGACUUGGUGCUGGAUGACUCCAAGCGGGUAGCCAAGCGGAAGCUGAUCGAGGAGAACCGGGAACGGCGGCGCAAGGAGGAGAUGAUCAAGACCCUGCAGCACCGCCCGGAGCCCAGCGCCGAGGAGUGGGAGCUGAUCCACGUGGUGACGGAGGCGCAUCGCAGCACCAACGCCCAGGGCAGCCACUGGAAACAGAAGCGGAAAUUCCUGCCCGAGGACAUCGGCCAGUCGCCCAUGGCCUCCAUGCCUGACGGGGACAAGGUUGACCUGGAGGCGUUCAGCGAGUUUACAAAAAUCAUUACCCCAGCCAUCACCCGCGUGGUGGACUUUGCCAAAAAACUGCCCAUGUUUUCAGAGCUGCCUUGCGAGGACCAGAUCAUCCUGCUGAAGGGCUGCUGCAUGGAGAUCAUGUCGCUGCGGGCGGCCGUGCGCUACGACCCCGAGAGCGAGACACUGACGCUGAGCGGCGAGAUGGCCGUCAAGCGGGAGCAGCUGAAGAAUGGCGGGCUGGGUGUGGUGUCCGACGCCAUCUUCGACCUGGGCAAGUCGCUCUCCGCCUUCAACCUGGACGACACGGAGGUGGCGCUGCUCCAGGCCGUGCUGCUCAUGUCCUCAGACCGCACUGGGCUGUUGCGGGUGGAGAAGAUCGAGAAGUGCCAGGAGACCUACCUGCUGGCGUUCGAACACUACAUCAACUAUCGCAAACACAACAUUCCCCACUUCUGGCCCAAGCUGCUGAUGAAGGUGACCGACCUGCGCAUGAUCGGAGCCUGCCACGCCAGCCGCUUCCUGCACAUGAAGGUGGAGUGCCCCACCGAGCUGUUCCCACCCCUCUUCCUCGAGGUGUUUGAGGAUCAGGAAGUCUAGGGUGGGGGGAGGGGAGGGGGCCAGGGGGCGGGGCCAGGACUCGGGCAAGAGCCCCGCCCCCAGCCCCUCGUGGACACGUUUUACUUGGUUCUUUUUCGUUUUGGUUUGUUUUUCUAAAUAUUGCGCGUGGGUGUCAACCGGCAGUGCCGCCCCCGCCCCCCGCCCCGUGGAGGGGGUGGGACCAUGGGGGCAGGGCUGCUGUCGGGGUGGGGGGGAGGGGCAAAACUUUUCAAAAACCACACAAAACAUGGGCUUGGGGGGGAGGAGUUGGAUUUGGAGUAGCAGGGGAGGAUAAGUGGAACCUGGAUCUCCUUUCCUCUGAACCCCUCAGUUAUGGGGGUGUGGGGGGGUGGAUACGUAGCCCUGAUUUCCACCCAACUGCAGGAUGAACCCCCCCACACACAGUAUUCUCCGUCCCAUCACCUCCCUGGCACUGGGCUCAGCUGGCACCUCACGGCUCCCCCCAAAUAAACCUCUCUCGUUCCACGGACUUUAUGAAUUUUGUUUGUUUGCACAGGACAGUCCCAGACGUCAGAGCGUUUGUUUCCUUUAUUAUUUCCUUAGGUGAUUUUGUUUUUGUUCUUUUUAGCAUUUAUUCCCUCCCUGAGAGGCUAAAAUAUUAACUAACUGCACUUUGAGAAGAGAAAAGCUAUUAAAUUAUUAGCGGGGAGAACCUGGGCACAGGGAGAGGGGUUGAGGUUAGGAGGGGGGGGUUCAGGCCACGGAGCCGAGCAUGAACGACAAAUGCACUUUUUUUUAUUAAAAGACAAAACUCCAGCGGGAAAUCGCUGGCUAGAUUCCCAGGGGUGCCUCGAUUUCCCAUCGAACUACCGGGCGCGAAGCCAGGGUGCCAGCUGAACCCCAUGCCAGGGUUGCAGGGUUGGGCCACCGGAGAAUGUCAGCUCCCUGCCACACUGGAGAAUCGGGGCUCCGAGGUUUGGCUGUCAGGUCCCUUGCCCUCUCCCCACCUCCCCCGCAAAAAUCCGCCACUUCGGCCCAUCUACCUCUUAGGCUGGAUGGGGCAGGCAGGUCUGUCCUGACACCCCAAUCCCCCCAGCACACCCACCUCUCCCCCAGUGCAAGAGCCUGCCGAGGGCUGUAGUGCCGACACUUUCCCGAAGGUGAGGCAGCCAUGUGCAAGGGAGAGGGGCUUCAGCCCGCAGGGGUUGGGGGCUGUGCUGGGGGCGGGAAGGGAGAUAAGAGCUGGUCAAAAAAACUGGCUUUUAACAAUCUCUCGCAGGACAAUUUGGUUUUCCUUUGAGCCGUUUUUUUCCUGCAGAGAAGCUCCCCGCGGAAAGUUCGGAUGCUUCGUUGGCAGAACAAACACCAGAAAACUUAAAGAACUGAAUUCGGAAUUGUGCCUCCGGGGAGUUGUGGUUUGGGGGCCUCGAGCUCCCAUUCAUCUCUAUGGGAUGGACUCUCUGGUCGGACUCCAUCUCCCAUGAUGCACCAUGGCCAGAGGCUCCCAUGGGGCACCCCUUGCCCAAGAACAGUGACUGGGGCAUCAUGGAGGAUGGAGUCCAGCCCAAGAAACCAGCCCCCGGGGAGGAGAAUGGGAGUGUGAGGCAUCUGAACUACAACUCCCAUCAGGCAGCAUGGUGCCAUUUUGAAUGGAAAUAUUGCGGUUUUCAAUAUUUUGCCAAAAAGUCAUAAUUUUCUGUGGGGAAGUUGCCUAUUUUCUGACCAGCUCUGCCUGGGCAGCUCCCCCCUGGCCAGGUCCCUGCCCCUCCAGUGGCCUGUCUGUCUCUGAUACCCCCAGGGCAGGGAACAUCUGCUCAUCACCUCCGACAACGUGCCCCCGAGAGAACCCCUUGCUCAGCAAGGGGCCAGGGAGGACCAUUCGCUGAGCCCCACCCACGCCGCUCCCCAUGGGGCCCAUGCUUUUAAUGGGUCGGUGCCCGCCCUCAGCACGCGCUUUCCACGGGACGGCCCCCUCCCCGCCACCGCUCACUGCACUAAUGCUGUCAGUCGUCUGCCCUGUAUUGGCCUGCAGCAUGUGCUCUCCUGUCCCCCCAGCUAGGCCGUCCCAGCCAGCACUGCCAUCCCAGUGCCUAGCUCUCCUCACCACCUCAAAGCCUUGAUUCUCCAGGACGCAGGGGCGCGCGAGGGGAAGGAGGGAUUGGGGAGCCCUGGAAAAUGGCACUUAUUGGGCACAGGGGCCGGGAGUUCCCCUUUCUAGGCACGUGGGGGAGUUAGGGACAGGCCAAGCCAGGGCAGCUCCAUUGUACUGGGCCCGGGGUCGCUUUUUGGUUGUCUACGCGCCCGCUUGACAUCCUGAUCCCUCUCCUGCCACCGCCACCCCAAUUCCUCCAACAGCCAGGGCCCCGUGGUCGCCAGGAUGGGCCGUGCACACUCCCUGCUGUGCUCGGGGAUCCCCCUCGCCCACCGUCACCUUUCAUGUCCCCAGCCCGGGGCCCACCCGCACUGAGAAAGCACGAGGCAUAGGAGACACGUCAUACCUGAGCGGCAGGCGUGUUUAGACCCGGCUCACCCCUGGGGUGCCACCCGUGCGUCUCCGAUCACAGCUUGGCUGGGCCCCGCGUGUUUAACCCUGCAUUGGCUGAUGCGGCUUCCCCAGUGCAGGCGAGGUCACGGCACCGCCUUUUGGGGACUGCACCCGAGGCAAUGGAAUAAACCACCCCACCCACCCCCGCAGCCUGACAGCAGCCAUGGGGGGGGCGCCGACACGACCCAUCUUUAAAGCUGAACCAGCAGAACUGAGCCUCAGCCGAGAGCAAAGCGAGCGCGAGAAGCGGUGCUUGUAGCAAGGAGCUGCCUGUCCCUCUGCACUUAGCCAGCCCCGUGGGCUGUGGCCCGCCUGGCUCUUCAGUUUCUCCUCCGCUGCUUUUUCCUUUUCUUUCUUUUAAAGCGGGGGGGAUAACAGUCGCUGAGGAAUUUAAACCGCCAGGGGGCAGAUCUAAGGCCCAAAGGGCGUCAGACUUUCUGGACUUUUCAAAUUUCACUCCUUAUGUGGAGAAGCUGCACUCACUUACCCCUGCCUGUAGGGGGCACUUACUGGUAGUCAGCCACGCUUUGACCCCCCCAUGCACCCCCGUUUCCCCAGCUGUCUGUCCGCAAACCCCCACCUGAUGAUUUGCGCCUUGUAUUUGUAUCUAUCCGUCUAUAUCAAUAUCCAGUGGAGGGAGUUCGUUUUUAAGCUUUUCCUUACCCGUUUUAGGGCGUGAAUUUUCUUUUUCUUACCUCAGUCGAGAGGCCAACGGGGGUGGGGGGGCAGGGGCUGCUCCACGGCGCGGGGGAUCGGCUUAUUCUGAAUGUACCGUUUAAGGUUCAGGUCUGGGUGAGGAGAGCCACCGCAGGGUUAACGCCGCUCCGAUUUAAGCUAAUAUAUAUAUAUAUAUAUAUAAUUAUAUAUAUAAAUUUUUUUAAUUAAAAAAAAUCUUUUUACGGGUUAUUUUACAAAAAAAAAAACCACACACCUUUUGUGGUUGGUUGUUUUGAUCUGAUAGCGCUUGGCCGACGUAAAGCUUGGUGUGCUGGCCAGGGGCCCAGCGACCGCCGUGAACCCAGCUGUGGUGGGUGUAGGCCGAGGAGCUGUCCCGUUAGCGUUAUGACCAGGGUGCUGGAGCCAGCGGCAGCCAUGGAAGGAGUUGAUUCUUUGCGAGGAGGAGGUCUUUGGAGCCCCCUUUGGUAUUAGCCUCGUCUGUUGCAGUAUAUUCCCAGAGCAACCUGUGUUUGGGAGAGAUGGAGACGCGAGGGCCCGGCACCCACAAAGGGCCCAGGUUUUCCAACAAUCUUGGCACCGAGCGUAGCGGGCUCCGUGGAAAACCUGGGCCCAGGGGUGGGUGCCGCAUGCUUGGAGACGUGGCCCACUCUGUACAAUAUAGGAAGACGUUUCCCUAUCAGAUACUCUGGCUUUCUAUAAUCGGUCCCACCCUGCCCAGGGUGGUGUGAGCUGCAGUAUCCCAGCCCGUUACCCAGCGUUGCCGGCUCUCCUCCCACUAGUUGAUGCUUUUCAUAAAGCCCCAGCUCCCGGAGUCAUGGAGUUAGGGGAAAAUUUCAGUUUUCAUUUAAAAAAAGAAAAAGAUUUUUCUCUUGGGUGAUUGCAGAGAAAAGCUAGAUACCAGGAAGUGAAUGCAGCUUGGAGGGCAGGGAAAAGGGACCCAAAUUGGAUGAGUUAAUAAAACAGCUCCAGUUUGAAUGCUUGGGGCUGGCAGUUGGCUUCAGAACCCGGCAGUCUCUUCCCCGCCUGGCAGCACUCCAGCUUGGCACCAAGUGGCUGGCAACGGGCACAGCAUCUUCAGCUGUUCCUGGUCUGUGCUGGAGGAAGGGAGCUAAAAAUGGGUCAAAUCGGGGCUGGUUCUGAUUUCUGCAAACCCUAGGGGAAAGGCUAGUUCUGAUCCAAACUCCCAGUGUAGGGGGAGGUGGUUCUGAUUCUGGGGCCUCCCUAUAAACCCGUGGAAACGCUGGGACUCCUGCAAGCUCUCCUGGCCCUCCUAGGCUCCCCUCCUCCUCCGGGUUAAAGCUGCAACCCGGGAGCCCUGAUUGUUUCCCAGCAGGAACGCUAUGGGGGGCUGGGGUAGUGCUUAUGAGUGGGUGUGGGGGCAGCUCCAAUAGCGACUGUCCCCUCGCCUCAUUGUCUGAUCACAAGGUUACACAUGGUGUCCCCCCCAUCACACCACCCAGGGUGGGCGCUGCUCCCCAGUCCCUGCCCACGUUCUGCAGCCGCUCACUCCAGGCAGGCUCCGGCAUCAGACAGGUCAGUUCAGAGACAACGGGGCUGCUGAGUUGGGGGUGGGGCGUGACCUCGUCUCUUUGCACUAUUAGUGCAAAAUGUCUUAAGCUCCUAGGAACACUGUGAAGUCCCAGUCCUGAGGAAACACGCUGCCCUGCUUACCUCCGCUCUGCUGAGCAGCUUGUCUAGGAAAUAGGGUUUGGGGCAGGGGCGGGACGGAGGUCAGGAAUCUUCAGCCUCCCCUGGUCCUUUCAGUUGCUUUGGUCUCUGAGGGCGGGGAGGGGAUGGGGAUCCGGGUGUUUGAGCAGGUCCCUGGCCGUCAGCAGUGCCAGCUGGCAGGGCCUUCAGCUAAGCCUGAUGCCCAAACACUAAUGCGCAGAGCUGGAGGGGCUGUCGAGGAAGGCUCUAAAUUUGGCCCCCUUUGGCCCCCCUCACCUGGUAUGAGACCCCCCUCAGCUGGCCCCUCCCCCUCCUAGCCUGGCACAGGACUGGGGCACAGUUCUGGCCGGUUCUGCAGCCUGACCCUGCCAGAGGUGGUGCCGAAGGCCCAGGGGACAGGGGAGUUGUCAUCCCCACUGCUCAGGGAAACGGCACCCAGACCUGGAGGGGGGCGGACGGCAGGGCCUUGACAGGGUCCUGCUCACAGUGGUGGAAGGGCUGGGCCGCUGGCCUGGUCCCUAUUGCAAACCCUGCAGCGGGGGGGGGGGAAUUGUAUUGGUUUGUGUGUGUGUUUGCACGUGUGGUGUGCAUGUCUGUGUUUGCAUGUGGGCCCGUCUCUGUGCGCAUACACUUGCGUCUGUGAUUCUGCGUGUGCGCUAGUCUGUGUAUGCACGUGUGCAAGCAUGGGGGUGUGUGCGCCCAGGUCUGGACAUGUGUGUCUGAUUGCACAUGCAUCUGACUGAUCACCUGAUGUGCUCGCUGCCCAGUGCCAUUUCUUCUCUUCUCCUCGCAGCUUUCCCGGGCACCCGGUCAGCUGCUCCAGCCCCUCCACCACUCAGACUCCCACUGUGGCUUGCUCCCCUUGGCAAAGGCCAUACCCCUCUGCCUUGGCCAGCCGGAGGGGCACUGCUGGGCUGGCAUCCAGCCAGCAUCGCUCUUCUUGGGGGCUCGGGUGUGCGAGGCUUGCGGGUGUGAGCAGGUCUGUGUACGCACUGGUGGGUGCUGCGUGCUGUAGUGUGUGCUACACCUACAUAUCCCUGCACCCCCCACUGAGACCCCCAGCCCCCAGGGCUCAGCUGGGCCUGCCAGUGGCUAUGCAGCACUCAGGGUUAGAAGGGGAUAGUGUGUGGGGGGGGAGUCCCCUGGAGGAUAGGCAUCCCCUGCCCUAUCCCGGGGGGGGUCACCCCCAGAGAGAACCCAGCAGCCACAAAACUGAGCCCCGCUCUGCCUCCUGUGGGGCCAAGCCCUUUGCCGGCCCUGGAGGGCAGGGAGGUGCUUAGCCCCCGCAGGGGAAUGAGGGAGCUAAGACCCUCCAAGCAGGGUCAGGGAAGCUCCUUGCGGGUGCAGAAAGGAAGAUCAGUGACCAUCUCCCAGGCCCCUCCCAGUUAUGCGGGCAGCACUCUGCCCCUAUGCAUGCCCCCUCAAGAGCUGGGCCCCAGUCCCCCUGGACAGCCAGUCUGGUGGGGGGGGCUUGGCCUGGGGGUACACCUGCUAAAACCACCCCCACCCUGACAACCUCCCCUCUUUCCACCAUUGCAAAGGGGAAGGGAGUCUGCAGGAGCCUUCAGACAAAUCCAUUCCCCAGGGGCACUUCCUGGCCAACCCCUCCCUCCUGGGCAAGGUGUGACUCCCCCCCCCAUUCCUGGGGAAGGGGCCUCAGGCAUUCAGGGCUCAGACAGGCUGGGGAGAGGUGCAUUGAGGGAGCUGGGGGAGGUGGCUUGUCUUGUGUAAAGCGCCCCCAGCAGUGGGAGCCACGACUUCACUCCUGGGGGAUGUGGGGGGGUGGGGUUCAGUGCCAGCCACCUGUGCGUGUGCACACCCCCUGGGCACAAGCGUGUGCACACACACACACACACACACACACCCUGGGCACAUGCACUGGCAUGCGCAUAUACACACACACACACAUACACCCUCUGCCAAUGGGGCCGGGCGUGGCUGGGUCCCACCCUUGCGUGAUACCCCAGGUUUGUGGCUGGGGUCCAUGCUGCCUCCUGCUGGCUGUGGCCGUGUCUAGCUGCUCCCCUGGGGCGGCUCCCUGUCAUAUCUGUUGGUCUCCGUUGCAGUUACACAUCCAGUGUCACUAUCUCCCCGUCUAUCUCUGCUCCCAGAGCCCCCCCCCCAGCCCAGCCACGCAAUGGGCAGACUGUGGCAUGACACCCCUGGCCCCCCCAGACUCCCUGCUUGGGACUGAGGGCUGACCCCCAGUGGGGACCCUAUUUAUGUCAGAGGCAGCCUGUGCCCCCCCACCAUGUUCCCACAUCCUCCCCAUCAGUAUUUGGUCACCAAACACAUACCUCCUAGCUUCUGGAGCUGGUACCUUCCCCCCCACACACACUAGCACUGCGGGGGGGGGGGAAUGGGAGGGGAGCAGCUUCAAAUCCAGCCCAUCUCUAGAGACCGUGAGCUUGCUUGGCGCUUUUGGGGGGGGUCCCUUCCCUGCUGUGUCCAGUCAUUGAGGGGGCCUUCCCCCCAGCCCAUGUACUAUGCAUUGUGGCUCCCGCCCCGCGGCUGCGGUGGUGUGGAAGGGUAGUGGCAGGAGUUACUGAAUGUAUGUCGGUGUUUGGGUCUCGGUGCAUUGGGGGGGAAUGGGGGCUGGGGCAGGGCAGGGAGACCACCCUCCUUCCCCUCCCAUGUAUCCCUCCGUGCCCCAUGGGGGAAGGUGUCGGGCGGCAGAGAGCUGCUGCUGUACAUGACAAUCACAGUGUCUGUGACGUGCGAUUUUAAACCCUUUGUGUUUUUGGUCAGGAUUUUAAAGAAAGAUAUUUUUAUGGUAAUUGUUGCUGGUCUAUUUUACUAUAUAUUUAUGUAAUAAAUAUAUGAUGAAAAACAACCCACCCCA